CCACCGGACUUGUUGGUACUCGAAGCCCUUAUGGUGAAACACAUAAUGCUUUGAAACCAGAAUUAAUUAGUGGUAGAUCGAGUUCUGGUUCGGCUGUGUCUGUUGCACGUGGUCAUGCUGUAUUUUCAUUAGGCACAGAUAUGGCUGGCUCCGGACGUGUACCGGCCGGAUUGAAUCGCUUAAUUGGUUUAAAACCAUCAUUCGGUGCUUGGCCAACCAAAGGUGUGGUACCGGCUUGUCAAAGUUUAGAUUGUGUAACAUUAUUUACACAUGAACUUGAUGAUGCUAUAUUGAUUGAUACAAUUGUACGUGGAAUAGAUAAAACAGACCCAUGGUCACGUGAUAUUCCACGUCAAUUAUCAUCAAUGUCAAUAUUACCGAAUAAAAUUUGUUUGAUAAGUGAUUCAUCAAUUGAAUUUUUCGGCCCCUAUACUACUAAGUAUCAACUAGCUUGGCAGAAAACAAUUAAACGUAUUCAGCACUUAAAUAUACCUAUUGAAUAUAUCGACGAACACGAUUUCGCUGAAGCAGCAUCGAUGUUAUAUGGUGGUCCUUGGAUAGUCGAACGUUGGUCAGAUUUAGAUGAAUUUGUUAAUCAUCAACAACCGAAUGCAAUUUUUCCUAUAACAGAAAAUAUUUUACGCUCAGGUACAAAUCGGAAUUAUACUGCUUCAAAAUGCUGCUCUCAUUAUGCCUCAUCGGGUGGUACAUGGAUACGUGAACAAGUACGACAAAAUCCUAUUCAAACAAAUAAUGAUAUGGGACGUUAUACAAAUCAUUGUAAUUUAUUAGAUUUAUGUACCAUUGUCAUAUCAUCCGAUGAUGCUACCGAUGAUGUACCAUUUGGUAUAACAUUAUUUUCGAAAUAUAAUAAUAAACAUCUUAUAUCGAAUUUAGCUGAUUUGUUUUUAAAAUAUCAAACAAUGACGACAAAAACACAACAAUAA